GUUGUGGCUAUAAAUUUAUAGGACCAAAUUUAAUCAGCACGUGUUUUUUCUGUCUAUAAUUUUUCUUCUUUUUUUUUCAAAAAAGAUUUUAUUGACGUAUUCUUCUUAGUUUUUUCUUCUUCAUUUUAAUGUUCCAUAAAUAUUGUAUUCUCUUCUUGUAUGGAUCUUCUCAAUCUUCUUAUCUAAUAUUAUACUAGCUACUACUUUCUUCUUCUUUAUUACAAUUUUAUAAGAAUACUUCUUGUUCUAUUAGUUUCCAUUUCUUGAUUAUAUAGUUCUUUUUACUAUAUUAUAAAUCUUUGGAAGUGGGAAAAAAAUGGAUUCAAGAAUGGAGAUAGAUUUUUUGGACCUCAACAGCAGACCUCAAUUACCAGAAAUGGAGAAGCAACACAAAAAAGCUUCUGGGGUGAAGUGGCCAUUUUCCUCUAUGACCAAUUUAGCUACUCAACAUGAAAACACAUUAUUUCAGAAUUACAAAUCAACCCCAAUAGUUUCCAAUUAUUCAAGAAAUCCAUCCCUAAACAAUUACAUAUUGACCAAAGACCCCCAAUACUUUGGAGGGACUUUUCCUUUAGUUACAAGCACUUCUAAUUCCAGGAAAAAUUAUGACCACUUGAGGCCAAAUUGGUCAACAUUGACUAUAUUCUACAUGGGUGAAGUCCAUAUUUUUCAGGAUAUAUCACUAGAAAAGGCUGAGCUAAUAAUUGAUGUGGCUUCUAAAUCAACAACUCUCCACAUGAAUGAGAUUUUAGAAAAAGUAAUGAAUAAAGAAAAAUCUGAAGAAAAUAAAUCAGAGCCUUCAAAUGCAUCCACAGAUUAUGUUAAAGGAGCACUGGCUAUGGCUCGUAGAGCAACCCUUGCCCGAUUUUUGGAGAAGAGAAAGCAUCGAUUGAUCAAAGCUCGGCCAUAUCAAUAUGAUGAAAAAAUACCGAAGUUUCCUUUUGAUUUGCACCAACAAGAAGAAGAAACGGCGUCGUCAAGCUGUCAUUGGGAAAGCUAAAUUCAAAACAAAUUGCAUUGUUUUGAAUUAUUAUUAUUAUUGUUAUUAUUCUUUUAAUAGUAUUGUUCUUAUGUUUAUAUAGAACUUCUUUAGAGAUAUUAUAAUAUUGUAUACAUGUGCCUAUUAGUCAUGUUGUGUUUAGUUAAAUACUCUUUGUAGUUAAAACUAAACAUAUUUUAUUAUGAGUUAAGAUCUAUUUAUGUUUAAAAUUA